AUGUCGACAACAUACGGGUUCGGUCACCACGAUGACGUUCGCUCACACCACUACUUCCCACUCUGCGCCAAUUUGAAUAUCCCUAUGCGUUCGAAGAACGACCAGUGCACGACUUGGGAUAAGAUUGUCAUGUGUAUCAGAUCAAUAGGUCAUCUCUUGUUUGUGCCUCAUGGUGAUGGCCCCGUGGUAUUUCUUAGUAAUAACAAGGCAUUAGACGAUGAAGAAUUUGAAGAUAGACGACCAGUGGAGAGAUGGCAAAAUCUGCACUGUCGCUGUAGAAAAUCUGUAGAUGUUUUCUGCCACCGGAUCUCAGACGUACCCGGCUCUUACUAG